CGACGAUCUCCUUCGGUGACGUCUCCUCUAGCUUCUUACUGUCCUUCUUCUCUGCCAAAAUUCUCAGUGCCUCCCUUUCGUUCUCCCUUUCCUUUCAUUGAUGUGUUUGAUGAUGGAAACCUAGCGCAGGAGAAUUGCUUCAUAUAUUUCAAAUUUCUACAUUAAUUAUUACUCUUUCUUUGCUAUAUCAUGUAAUUUAAGGGCUGGUGGAGUGGAGGAUUUGGAUAUGGACUAUGAAUUGGGAUCUUAGAUCAGAAGUAACUUAAUUACCUACAGAAGCUCAAUACCAGUUGGUGAAAUCCAACUUGAUGCUAACUGCAGUAUUGAUUUGAACCUAGAUUUCAAUAGGAGUGAGAACAAACUAACGUAGCAUGAGGCCAAUUAUGAACGCAACCAGGAACACCGCAAAGCAAACCUAAUCCUCAUUCUUCUCCGGCGCUGCAUCUCCGUCGGCUUGCUUUUCAUCUCACCGGAUCGCCGCCAUUUGAUCCAUCGACGGUGAAAUCGCCUUCACCUGGAGGCCAAUUAUACCGCGACGUGAGUCUUUGAAGGUGUAACGGUUUUCGUCGGGUUUCUUUUCAUCUCACUGGAAAGCCGCCAUUUCAUCCAUCGACGGGGACGUCGCCUUCACCCGAAGGGAAGAGCAACUACAACGUGAGUCUUUGAAGGUGUCACGCAACCCUCUUCUCCUCAACCUUCUUCGGUAAGGUACAUGUGUCUUCAUUGAAUGCAUGUGGACCACAUAAUGUCAAUGGAACAAGCAAUUUGUGAAGGCGCAUUGUACGGUACAACAUAUGAUGAUAUUGAUCAGUAUAAUUCUUGCGACGUUAAUGUUCCAUCGCUUAGUGAAGAUGACACACAUCAUGUGGACAAGGGGAAAGAUUCUGGAAGCGUUAUUGAAGUAGUGGACGAUGCAAUGGCAGUGAAUAAUGAGUUAUCCGAUCACACUGGAAUUCCAUUAGAUGAAAUCCCGUAUGUAGGAUUGAGAUUUGUUUCCUUGCAGCGGGCACAAGAGUUUUAUACUAAUUAUGCAAAGAAAGUUGGUUUCGUGACCAGGAUUAGGAACACCAACUUUGACAAGACCAGGAAGGAUUCAAUGAUACCCGUUAACCAAUCAUUACACUGUAGUCAUGAAAGUUAUCGGGAGGCUCGAGUGAAGACAGCAACUCGGGUAAAGUGAAUAAUAACAGCCGAAUGCAAAGCAAGGAUGUACGUCAUGCUUGAUAGACAGAAGGAUAAUUGGAUGGUCUCCAAACUAGAACUGAAGCACACCCACCAGUGUUCUGCCAAGCAAGCUAUGUACUACACUGAGUACAGGGAACUGAUCAUGCAUGUCAAGUGUGUGAUUCAGAACAACGAUGAGGCUGGCAUACGGCCCAAUAAGACUUAUCUCGCACUGCCGAACGAGGUUGGUGGCUCAUCGAAUUUGGGUUACUCAGAAAAGGAUGUGGAACUUCAUUACGAGCAAUUUGUGCUGUGCUGACGGAAACACAGAUGUCAAGGAAAUGAUUAGCUAUUUCAUGCGAAUGAAAGAUA